AUGACAUUGGCGAUUAGUAGCAUUCCAGCCGAUGGAAUUGCCGCCCGAAAGAUGACCCCGAUAUUGUAUAUUCCCAUUUUGGGGAUUUUUAUGAUUCUCAACAAUUGUGAUUGUUUGAGUUUGGCUCGUCCAGUGAAUGAAUCUUUUAACGAUGAUUGGUCGAUAAUAACGCCGAAUAUUCCAGAUGACCCGAUAAUGUCGAUCACUUGCUGCGUUGAAUCAGUUAAUGGAACUGAUGAUGCCUUUCUGAAGCCGUUCCCUCACAAUGAAACAUUCUAUCCAUAUCCUCAUGUAAAUCCAGAAAUGGUGCCUUACCCAGAUUUUGUAAACUUCACAUGGCCAGAAUAUCAUGUGGAUGAUACGAAUAGAUCUGAAGUAGAUCGACAGUUGUAUCCGUUUGAUGAUUACUUCCCAUUGGGUCCAAUACUGGGGCUGGGACUGCCCCCAAUCAAUCGCCCUACUACUUGGAAUUUCAAUAAUGAAUCCCUGGAGCCAGAACUUAUAACUUGGGCUGCCGAUGAUGGACACCCGGAACCGAUUCACGAUUUUCUUCCGGUGUUUAAAGGAGAAUCGAAAAAUGAUACCAAGUUCACUGCAAAACCUAUAAUGAGCAUUAGACCAGUUCUUGUGGCACAUCCCAAUAGGCGAGGGGUCCUCGAAUCAAACGAUGAUCUCAAAAACGAAAUGAAGAUUACCUUAGCCAGUGGUCCCAGAUUGGCUGUCGCUGCAUCUGCUGGUGCCGAACCAGUGGCGAAAAACGUGGUUGCCAAAGCAAACAGUAGUACUGCUGCUCCUGGUGCAACAACCAAAAAGUCGAAAAAGAAGCGCAGGAAGACUACGGCGGCACCGACGACAACUACAACGACGAAGCGAACAGCGGGAGCAAAGAGGGCGAAUAUGCGUAAGAAAACGACCACAGCACCGACUGCCAGUACGACACCGAAGACAAACGCCACGACCGGAACACGUAAGAAGAUGAAGCGGAAGGUUACCACUAAAGCAGGCAAGGCAAUAGCAGCGGCGACAACGACGAGGACGACCACCACCAAGCGUUCAAACUGA